AUGUCCGCGCCCACAACCACGACGCCGCCCGACCCCGACCCCGCCAUGAGCGUCUUCCUCCCGCCCGUCAACCGCGCAAUGCGCACGCUCGACCGCUCCUUCUUUGCCAAAACAAUCUCCCUCGCGGCGGCCCACGUCUUCGACGCAAAACACAUCACGCGCUUCCAGAAGGAAGGCGGACCCGGCGGCGCCGGGGGGGUGAGGAAGUUGCUGCUGUUGAGGCCCGAGGUGAGGGUGGAUGAUUUGUCGACGGCUGGUGAGAAGACGAGAGAGUAUGUGGAGAGUAAGCGGAUUGAGCUGCUGCCGUAUACGCUGCAGAUGAACUACGGUGACUGGAGCUACCACGAAAUCAUGUCCGCCAUCCUCCCCUCAACCCUCAUGUCCGAGGUCCCCCAAUCCUUCGCCCAAGCCGGCCACCUCGCCCACCUCAACCUCCGCUCCCACUACGCGCCCUACAAACACCUCAUCGCCACCGUCAUCCUCGACAAAAACCCACGCAUAAAGACCGUCAUCAACAAGCUCGAAGACGUCGGCACCGAGUCCGAGUUCCGCACCUUCCCCAUGGAGCUCCUCGGCGGCAUCCCCGACACAAACGUCGAGGUCAGCGAGAGUGGCUGCGUCUUCCGCUUCGACUUUGCUAAAGUAUACUGGAACACCCGUCUCGGCGACGAGCACGAGCGCGUGUGGCGACAGUUCGCCCCCGGCGACGCCGUCUGCGACGUCAUGGCCGGUGUGGGCCCGUUCGCGAUCCCCGCCGGCAAGCGCGGCGUCGUCGUCUGGGCGAGUGAUCUGAACCCAGAGAGCUACAGCAGCAUGGUGGACAACAUCAAGCGCAACAAGGCCGACGCCUUCGUGAUGCCCUUCUGCAGAGACGGCCGCGAGUUCAUCCGGAACUCGGCCAGGGAGCUGUACGAGCGGUCGCAGAACCCCGAGACCAACACCAUCGUGAUCCCGCCGCCGGCGCCAAGGUCGCGGUCCAAGGCGCCCGUGGGACCGCCGCCGGAACCGACGGUGGUGAGGGUGCCGCCGGCGUUCGCGCACUAUGUGAUGAACCUGCCGGCGACGGCGAUUGAGUUUUUGGAUGCGUUCCGAGGCGCGUAUAGGGGGCUGGAGGGGCUGUUUAAGGAGGAGGAGAGGGGGAGGAAGAUGCCGAUGGUGCAUGUGUACUGCUUUUAUAAGAAUGCGGAGCAGGAGAGGGCGCCGGAGGAUAUAUGUAAGAGGCUGAGCGAGGCGAUGGGGUACGAGAUGAGGCCCGAGAGUGGGGAGGUGACGCUGGAGCAUGUGAGGGUUGUGAGUCCGAAUAAGGUGUAUUAUUGUGUGAGCUUUCGACUGCCGAGGGAGGUGGCGUUUGCGGAGGUUUAG